ACUGCUUGUGUUGUUUUAGAUGGCUAAGACACACACACCAAAGAGCAUCCUCAUCACAAAUGCAACUAAUGCCCCCGACACGAGCAACUUAGAUUCGGCUCCCAGUCAGAAAAAGAUGCUGGUUCCAUCUACAAAACACAAUCUACUGUCUCGAAAGCCGCCCCUCAAGUUUUUGAUUUACGGAAGAACAGGUUGGAUAGGAGGACUUCUGGGGAAGCUAUGUGAGAAACAAGGCAUACCUUUCGAGUACGGGAAAGGGCGAUUGGAGCAACGUUCAACGCUUUUAGCUGAUAUCCAAACUGUUAAACCAACCCAUGUUUUCAAUGCAGCUAAUGUGAUUGGCAAACCAAAUGUUGACUGGUGUGAGACACAUAAGGCCGAGACAAUAAGGACCAAUGUUGUUGGUACAUUAACCUUGGCAGACGUUUGCAGGGAACAUGGCCUCCUAAUGAUCAAUUAUGCUACUGGUUGUAUCUUCGAAUACGAUGCUGCUCAUCCUCUAGGAUCUGGAAUCGGUUUCAAGGAGGAAGAUAAGCCCAAUUUCAGUGGUUCUUUCUAUUCCAAAACCAAAGCCAUGGUUGAAGAUCUUCUGAGGGAAUUCGACAAUGUGUGCACUCUCAGGGGCCGGAUGCCUAUAUCAUCAGAUCUUAGCAGGCCAGGGAACUUCAUCGCGAAGAUUACGAAACACGAGAAGGUAAUCGACAUUCCCAACAGCAUGACCGUGGUAGACGAGCUUCUACCGAUUUCGAUCGAGAUGGCGAAAAGGAACUUGAGGGGGAUAUGGAACUUUACAAACCCUGGUGUUGUGAGCCACAAUGAGAUUCUGCAAUUGUACAAGGCCUACAUUGACCCUACCUUCAACUGGGUUAAUUUCACCUUGGAAGAACAAGCCAAGGUUGUAGUUGCAGAAAGGAGCAAUAAUGAGUUGGAUGCAUCAAAGCUCAAGGCUGAGUUCCCUGAGAUACUGUCUAUCAAGGAUUCACUCAUCAAAUAUGUAUUUGAACCCAAUAAAAAAACCGACCUCUAAGUAAG